GUGCGCCGAACGCUGCAUAUCCGGGUUCUCGCGUCCGCCGCCGCCGCCGCCUGGCUCAUUCAGCUUUGCCGGGACCGGUGAGAUUCCCGACCAAGAUGGCGGCUGUGGGGCGAGUCGGCUCUUUCGGUUCCUCUCCGGCGGGAUUAACCUCGACUUACACGGGCGGCCCCUUGGCCAACGAGCUAACCUCGGGCAACGGCGGCGCCGCGGCAGGGGACGACGAGGACGGGCAGAACCUUUGGUCCUGCAUCCUCAGCGAGGUCUCCACCCGUUCGCGCUCCAAGCUCCCCGCGGGGAAGAACGUGCUGCUGCUGGGUGAAGAUGGAGCUGGAAAAACAAGCUUAAUAAGAAAAAUUCAGGGAAUAGAGGAGUACAAGAAAGGAAGAGGAUUGGAAUAUUUGUACUUAAAUGUUCAUGAUGAAGACAGGGAUGAUCAAACAAGAUGUAAUGUAUGGAUCUUGGAUGGAGACCCGUAUCACAAAGGCCUCCUUAAAUUUUCACUGGAUGCCAUUUCUCUGAAGGACACUCUAGUUACGUUGGUUGUUGAUCUGUCAAAGCCUUGGACUGCUUUGGAUUCUUUACAGAAAUGGGCAAGUGUUGUUAGAGAACAUAUUGACAAAUUGAAAAUUCCUCCUGAAGAAAUGAAAGAAAUGGAACAAAAGUUGAUUAGAGACUUUCAAGAAUAUGUAGAGCCAGGAGAAGAUUUCCCAGCUUCUCCUCAGAGAAGAAAUACCGCAUCACAGGAAGAUAAAGACGACAGUGUGGUUUUACCUCUGGGUGCGGAUACACUUACACAGAACUUGGGCAUUCCAGUACUAGUAGUUUGCACAAAGUGUGAUGCCAUUAGUGUGUUGGAGAAAGAACAUGACUACAGAGAUGAGCAUUUCGAUUUUAUUCAGUCUCAUAUCCGGAAGUUUUGUUUACAGUAUGGUGCAGCACUUAUUUACACUUCAGUAAAAGAAAACAAAAAUAUAGAUUUAGUAUAUAAAUACAUUGUUCAGAAACUCUAUGGAUUUCCCUAUAAGAUUCCUGCUAUUGUUGUGGAAAAAGAUGCAGUAUUUAUUCCAGCAGGGUGGGAUAAUGAUAAGAAGAUAGGAAUAUUACAUGAAAAUUUUCAAAUGUUAAAAGCAGAAGAUAAUUUUGAAGACAUCAUAACUAAACCACCUGUCCGAAAGUUUGUGCAUGAGAAGGAAAUUGUGGCAGAAGAUGACCAAGUGUUUCUUAUGAAGCUACAGUCCCUUUUAGCAAAGCAACCACCAACUGCAGCUGGAAGGCCUGUGGAUGCCUCGCCAAGAGUCCCAGGAGGCUCCCCUCGAACACCAAACAGAUCUGUGUCGUCCAAUGUUGCCAGUGUGUCACCCAUCCCUGCUGGGUCAAAAAAAAUUGAUCCAAACAUGAAAGCUGGAGCUACAAGUGAAGGUGUCCUGGCAAAUUUCUUCAAUAGUUUGCUGAGUAAAAAGACUGGUUCCCCAGGAGGCUCUGGUGUUGGUGGUGGUAGCCCUGGAGGUGGGGCUGGAGGUGGAAGCAGUGGUUUACCACCAUCUGCCAAAAAGUCAGGCCAGAAGCCUGUCCUGUCAGAUGUUCACGCGGAACUAGACAGAAUUGCACGAAAACCAGUUACAGCUUCUCCUACAGCACCCACAUCUCCUACGGAAGGAGAAGCUUCUUGAAGAUACCAAAUAAAGCCAUUUAUUCAGUUUUCUGGGAUAAUGUAAACUUGUCUCUGCCUUCUCCUUCAAAAGUGGAAUUAGGGAGCUGGAGUGCUUUUUCAGAUGGACUAAAUUCAUGUCUUUUUUGUGUAUGUGGUUGCCCAUUUUAUAAAAGGGAAGUAUACAGAAGAAAAAUUAUUCUACACUAUGUAGGAUUGCUAUUUGCAUUGCCACUUUGCAUAAGGAAGUAAUUUUGGAUUUUGAAAAACUCAAAUUUAUAGAUCUGAAAUACAGCCAUGCGAUCAUAUUCUAAAGGCUACUUAAAACAUAUAGGAGGGUUGAGAAGGGCAGAAAAUAAUAUGCUUUGGGCAUUCGACUUACUUGGAAGGAAGUCCAAGCUUAUUUUAGUUAAGACUAUUAAAAAAUCAUUUAAAAAAAUUAUGUGUUAGUUUUGCUGGAAAAGAAGAUGAUCAGUUGUCAGAUUUUCCACACCAACGUAAAUAUACCACCACACAUGGAAUAUGCUGAGAAAACGAUCAGAUAGCAUUUGAUACACUAGUCAUUGUCUCAAUCCAUGAUCCUGUAAGUUGUCAUCAAAAUAUGAUUUAGAAAUAUUGGUCAAGAUUUGUUUCUUUAACUGAGAAGAAAAGAAAGCACACUGCCUAAAUGUGUAAAAGAAAAAUGCAGAGGUUGUUAAAAUGUA